ACUUUGGUAGAUUACUAGCGGCGUUUUCGUCGCAACCUAUAUUUUAGUUGUUUCACAGUUCAGAUUGUCCACUUUCAGACAUUUUUGUUUAGUUCAGUUCGCACACGUUUCGGGGUGUUGAGAUAUUAGAAAUGCGGAACAGAAACAAAAUGUCGUAGUUUGAUAAUUGUGAUUGCGUCUGUUUAAUGUAUUUCAUGUUAUAAUUUAUGAACAAAUUUUUAAUCUAUAUUGUUGAUAAUGCCAAAACAUUCCAUAUUCUUUAAGACAAAAGAAUUGAAAAUUUUAAUCUCAAGUAUUCUCUUUUAAGUAAAUUAAGUGCUUGUGUGUUGUAUAAAGUCUCAAGUGUGCUGCGUCGGUGAUUCAUUUUUACUACAGGAUAUACGAGUGAAUAUCAGAAAUACUAUGUGAUUAGUGAACAGGCCACUUUGUUCAAGAAAAAUACUUUCCCCUACUCAAUUAGAAGAAAGCGAUGCAAUUAGACUGAAAACUUGUUGCUUAUGUUAGAAUUUUCGUUGUUUUUAUUCAAUUGACAUUCCAGGAACUUUAGAUAGAAAUUCGAAACUUGAACGCGAGUAAUGUCAAAAUCGGAGGGAGUAUGAAGGUGACCGUGUGCUUUGAUAACGUGCGAGUGGUGGUUCCUUGUGGGGAUGGAACGUUGCUUGUUAGGGAUUUGAUGCAUGAAGCUACAUUGCGAUACAAGAAAGCAACCGGUAAAAGUGAUAGUGCUUUGACGAUCACCAGUCUCUCCUCUUUAACGGGUGGAGGUCUUCUCGAUCCCGAUGACAGGUUAUGCGAUGUAGCUGACGAUAGGGAGCAAAUCGUCGCUCAUUUUAUUUAUUCCGAUGUUAUUCACGCUGGGGGCGAUGGUGCUAGUUCUGUGGGAACGAAUAGUCCCGACUUUUUUCACGGAGGAGAUGGUCAUCAUCAUCACCACCAUCAUCAUCAUCAACAUCAUCCACAGUCGAGCAAUAUUAAGAGAGAAAGUACAAAGAGGUUAUCGAUGCAUGUACUUUCCACUAGAGAACCAUACCUCACUACUUAUUCAGCGCAGUCAUUACCGCGAGAGUCACGUCGAAAGGAGCCUCUAGGACAGGAUGCAAAAUCAUUUUAUGAGUUGUCUAAUUUUCCACUUAAAAGCAAUGACGAAGGUGAGAUUCGAGAAAUUGUUAUUAAAAAUGAAGCUGGUCCCUUGGGACUGCAUGUUGUUCCCUGCUAUGAUUUAUCGGGAAACGAUCAGGGUCUUCGGGUUGAAGGAAUUGAGCCAAAUGGAAGGAUAGCGAAGGAUGGUCAGAUUGAAUUACAUGAUAAUAUUAUUAAAAUAAAUGGUCACAAUUUGUUGCGCAUGCCUUUUUCUAAAGUGCAGGAGAUAUUUAGAACGUGCAUGAGUGAGCCUUGUUUAAAUAUAUCAGUUUUGAAGCAUAAGAAAAAGAAUAUUGAAAAGUCUGUACAGAAAAGUCCUGGUAAUACAAGUAAGGACAAAAUAGAAACUGAGGAGAAUGUUAAGAAAUUACAGGGUACUAAUUAUAAUAUUCUUCAAACAGCAAACACUCGAAAGAUAGGAAAGAUGAUAGAAAUUGAAUUGACCAAGGGGGGCAAUGGUUUGGGAUUCAGCGUCACAACACGAGACAAUCCAGCAGGUGGCCACUGUCCAAUUUACAUAAAAAAUAUUUUACCCAAAGGUGCAGCGGUGGAAGACGGACGGCUGAAACCAGGUGAUAGAUUGUUGGAGGUAAAUAAAAAGGAAAUGACCGGAAAAAGUCAAGAUGAGGUCGUCGCUUUGUUGAGGAGUAUUUUACCAGGAGGUAAAGUGAAGCUGUUGGUGUCACGUCAAGAAGAAGUGUCUGCGAAUACAUCCGACUCGCAAAUUGUAGUGCCUGUUUCCGAUUCCGUCAACACUUCCAGGAACUCUCAAUCAUCUCAUCGCUCUCCAAUAAAGAAGAGCGACGAGGAAAAAUUGGAUUCAUACAGCAUGGAUAAAUUCAAUUUCAAAACAAUUCAGAUUUCUGACGAAGUAGUUUUAUCCCCUAAGAAGAAUCGAAUGAUUUUGACUCUAGACAUUCCAGUACAUGAUUCCGAGAAAGCAGGACUAGGAGUAAGUGUGAAAGGUAAAACGAGUAGUAAUGACGAUAAUACUAACGUCGACUUAGGUAUAUUUAUUAAAAGUGUCUUGCACGGAGGAGCCGCAUCCAGGGACGGUCGUUUACGAACAAAUGAUCAACUGCUCAACGUGAAUGGAGUCUCUCUAUUGGGACUUUCGAAUUCCGAUGCUAUGGAGACUUUGAGACGUGCUAUGCUCAAUACAAAUAGUUCAGUCACUGGGGUUAUUUCUCUGACGAUAGCCAGACGUGUCUCUUCUUACGACACGUGCGAGAAACACUUUGUUGACAAUGUGCCUUCUCAUGGAAAAUUAGAAUCUGUUAACACUGUAUAUAUUUCAGAUUCCUCGAAACGCAAUGAAGGUAAAGUUAAAGAUAUUAAAAAUAAUGUCAAUUCUCCAUCAGAUUCGCUGGACAAUGGAUCUCUACUGUCGUCAGCUUCAGCCUCCCCUUGGAACCCAGUUAUAGACAGACUAACUGAACAAUACAACAAGAAUAGUCUGCGCAACGAGAGUUACUGUAUUGCCACCAACAAGAUAUGGAUGGAGCCAUCGAGUAACAUCAACGUUAACGUUAAGAAAUUAACUCUGCCUCAAAAUGGUGAUCGCUUAGAUUCAGUAUUAUUGGAAGAUUCCAAUCACGAUAGUCAUGGUAAUGAAAUCAAAAGGAACUCUGAAGAUAAGGACAGUCAGUAUUCCGGAGAUCCUACGUACGAUAGCCAAUUAUCUUUGGAGGAAUUCAACUCUCCCACAAAUAAAUUUUCACGUGACGCCCUAGGUCGACAAAGUAUGUCCGAAAAGAGACAUGCCGUUCUGGAUGCUAAAAAUACGGACACUUACAAGAGGAACAAGAAAUUACGGGAAGGAAGAGAGAACAAAAGUGCCGAGCACAACAGCCAUUCCGAGGACGUUGGUGACGAGGGGAAACGCGGAUACAAUGUUGAGAAGUUCGAAAAGCUCGGAGACAAAGUGGGGGAAAGUUCGUCGUUCGAUAGCAAUAGGAAGCAUUACGAUAAGAAGUAUGUGGAGCAACCUCAACCAGAGUACUUAUACACUAUUCCAGGAUGCAACAAUAAGCAUUCAUCGCCUAGGAAACAUUGGCUUGUUGACGAUGUUCAUAGCAAUAACAUUCCAAACGCGAAUAAUUUUAACGAGGUAAGAGAAGGAUUCUCCAACACACGCGGCGAUGUCAAGCAGGCAUCAUUAAAUUCUGCUCUGGAUGAUCGAUACAAACGUUCCAGAAAAAAGGGUGGAAUUCGAUCAAUGCUGCGUCUAGGAAAAAAUAGAAAGUCACUUAAUUUUGGCGACAAUUUAGAAAAUCGACAUGAAACUAAUAAUUACUGUAGUGGAACAAUUAAUUACAUUUCGUAAGUUUUUUAAACAAAUUUUUAAAAUUGAAUUUUAACGAUAAUUAUUAAUAUGUACAUAUAUAUUAAUAUGUAUGAAAAUUGAAUAUAAAUUGAAUAACAAGAAAUUAUCUUUCUAUCAUAUGACUGAAUUGUCUAGAAACAAUUGUUAUAUAUAUAUAUAUACAUAUAUCAAAUUGCAAGUACAGUCGUAGGCAUAAUGAGCCUACUUGUAAAUUUACGAAAAGGACCUGGUUUUAAGUGCCUUAUAUCUGCAUACUAAAUACUAAAAGUAAAGAAAUGAUAGAAUUUUGUAUAUAUUUAAUUUUGUACUUAAUUUUAUAAUUUGACUACGUUCCACACUGAACGUGCAAUGAAAAUGUACGUUAUGAAUGAAAAUCGCAAGCACCUUAAUAACAAUUCAACUAAAACACCAAUUUUACCACCAGCCAACUAUAUUUUUGAUAACUGCAAGAUAUGGAAAAAAUCAACUACUUUCUGAUCCAGAAAUUAUUCUUCAAUGUGAAAAAAUAUUCUAUAUUCUAGUUUAGUGUUACAGACAGCUCAAAAAUCAGUAUCGCUUCAGCAGAUUCGAUUUCGUUCUAAAAUAAACAUACAAAGACCAAAACCCUUCCAUCAUGAACGAGGAAAAGUAAUGGAAUUUUUGACGCCAUUCUAUGCGAAUCCAGAUAAAGGAAAAAAAUUAUGGGAAGUUUGCCACAAAGGAAAGAAGAAGGAAGAACAAAAA